AUGAGUAGCUUUGGAAGAUGGUUCAAUUUACCCAAGAAAAGAAGCAAUUCUACACCUACAAGACAAGUGCUUUCUGAAUUCCUCAAUAGAUCAGCCACUGAAUCCUUCUUACCACCACAACAUCAACAAUAUUCGUACCAUUAUGUCUCGUCUGCGUCUGCGGCAGCUACAGGUUACUCCUCGCUACCGGCAACAUCGAGUACUGCAAAGCCAUUAAGCGCAGUUAGUGCUGCUCAGAGUGCUCCUUUACUUAUCACAUCAUCAUUCUAUGAUCUCGCCUAUCCAUUCGAACCAUGCGAUAGUCCUGAAGAUGAAACUUCUCCAGAAGUAGUAAUGGGAGGGACAGAAGACAGGUUUUCCAAUUCAAGACCUGCAACACCGCCAUCUACCACAACUGAUGUAAAGCCGCAGCAAACUCAGGAACUAAAUUCCAACCACAAAAACAAACAACAACAAAUGAUAUACAACAUACAAGUGCCACCAUCCCCUCAACCAUUGCCCAAUACUGCGCACUACUACAUGCCAAUUCAAAGAGACUAUAAACAAGAUGACACACUCAAUUAUUACCCACGAGAAACGACUCAACCUCUCACGUGGCAUAGCAAAUCUUCUCCAAAAAAGAUUCCACUUAAUAAAGGUGGUCAUCCAUCUAUCAAACGACGACCGACCCCUUUUGCGGAUCAAAAAUCUGGUUUCCAUAGUUACGACGAUGGUGAUGAGGAUAAAGAUGAACCCGUGUUUGAAAAGACACAAUAUGAAGGCAUAAAGGGUUCUUUGACUAGUGCCAUGGACGAUCAUCAGAUCAACUACACUGCUCCCGGGAAAACAUUUAAUAGCGAUGCUUAUGAUGCGGAAGUCCGGAAGCUCAGGUCAGAGAUCAAGAGAAUGGAAAAGAAGCAUAAAAAGCACGAAAGACACAUAUUGGAUGCUCAGCAGCAAUUGGAGUACCUGAUGAUAUCUCGCUCUUAUGACUCUUCAUUUUUGAGUAGGAGUAGUGCUCCACAAUACACGCACAAUGAACAAUGGGAGCCACCACCAUCAUCUAAGGCGGAUACUCAUCAUUAUUAUUCUCAAAGCUUCAAUGAACAACAGUAUCGACCCAGCUACUGGUAUCCAGCCUAUGAUACUGAUUACUACUAUAAUGUGUACACGCCCAACAACUCUUAUCCAACAAACACUGCGUCAUUCCGCCAUGUAUCAUCAUUGAAUGAAUCAAACGAGCCCUAUGACUAUGCCCACGUACCUCAAAAGUCCAAUGAAGCAAUUCUUAGUGCAUCCCACUGCUUUGAUAUGAAUGACAGCAACAACCAUUAUUUUUAUGGUUAUCAAACACCUUCGUAUGCAUCUAGCAAUGCGACGGAUGAUAAAAGCUAUUAUUACCAGCUUCAGCAGCGACAACAGCAACUGCCAUCUUACGGUCGUUAUCGUGGAUAUACUCCACCAGGUAGCAGAGAAAGUAAAAAGAGAUGGACUCAAUAA